UGUGGCGGACCCGCUCGCCUGGAGCUGUCGGCCCUGACGGGGAGCCGGUGACCCUGGCCCGGCCCGGCCGCCAUGGAGGUGUACAUCCCCUCCUUCCGUUACGAGGAGAGUGAGCUGGAGCGGGGAUACACGCAACCAUAACUAGUGGUCAGAAGUAAGAAGCAGAAUGCAGGCCAGCCUGCUGGUGACCACUUGGAAGCCCUGAGGUUCUGCCUCUGGGUUCCAGCUACUCCUGAGCAACUGCGAUGAGGACGUCUUCUAUAAGUUCCUGGUCUUUAAAAUAGAGGUCCUUAUGAGCGGAAGGAAACAUUUUGUGGAGAAGAGGUAUAGUGAAUUCCAUGCACUUCAUAAAAAGCUCAAAAAAUUCAUGAGAACUCCAGAGAUGCCUUCAAAGCAUGUGAGAAACUGGGUCCCCAAAGUCCUGGAGCAGCGACGGCAAGGCUUGGAGUUAUACUUGCAGACAGUUGUUUUAGAAAAUGAAGAGCUCCCUAAAAUAUUUCUUGAUUUCCUGAAUGUUCGCCAUGUACCUAGCUUGCCAAAAGCAGAAAGCUGUGGCUCUUUUGAUGAAACAGAAUCUGAAGAAUCAAGCAAACUGUCCCACCAGCCUGUGCUGCUGUUCCUGAGGGAUCCAUAUGUCUUGCCUAAAGCCAAUGAUGACUUUCCAAACAUAGUUAUAGAAGGCAUUCUACAUGGAAUAUUUUAUCCUCAUUUACUGCCCAGGUAGAAGUAAUGUGUGGCUAGAAGAAGCUGAAGCAAGUCUCCGAGUCAUGUGUAAUGGAAUUAACAGGAAUAAGUAUCUGAGACGUGAAUAUUAUGCUCAGAAGGGAAAGGCACAACCUCAGGUUAGGUUCAAGCAUUCUAUCUUUUUAAAUAAAAUCAGUGUCACUACAAUUGCUGCUUUAAAAAAGAUAUGGAAGCAACAGUAUUGAAAUUAUUUAUACCUUCAUAUGUUGACAUGCUCUAACUAUUUAACACUAAAACCUGAAAGUCUUACACUGAAUUACACUAACCUUUGAAAAGAACUGUAAGCUUUACUAAUUAUUACUGUAAUUUCUAUCCUAAAUUACACUAAGCAUUUUUACAACAGGAUUUUUCCCAGCAUAUUACCCAUUGCUGCCACUGGAUAGAUUAAAAGUGCUGGCACUUAAGAGACUGUGUGAGAAAUUGCACCAAAAAAAAAAAAAAAUAGAGACAGAAA